AUGCCGCCGCGCCGCCGGGGAUCUUCGCGCUACCGAGGCGUCCGCGAGCGCCCCUCCGGCGCCUACUACGUUGAGAUCCGGUCCGGCGACGUCCGCCUCGGCCUCGGCACGUUCGAGACCGCGCACGAGGCCGCCGGCGCGUACGACGCGGCGGCGUGGCGCCUAGAGAGGCCUCGUGCGCAGAUGAACUUCCACGACGUCUACACGCGCGAGCAGGCGCAAGCCGUCGCCCCUCCGCCUCGUCUUAUAACAAAUCAGGACCAAGAGGAACACCGUCGGCGGCAGCGCCGCCUCCUCAUCGUCGAGGAGGACGAGCGAGCCAUGGCGGAGUGGCGUCAGCGCCACCCGGAGGACGUCGCCGACGAGAACGCCUUCUGGGCGGAGAGGACGGCAAGGCGCGGCACGGAGCGGGCGGACAGGCAUCGGCGGAAGGCACUGGCCAUAUCGCAGUGCAAUCUCGUUAACGCCGGUGGGAAGUCGUCCUUCUCGUCAGACGAUGAUCAUUGGGAUGACGUGUGGCUCGUUAUCUCGGACAACACCAGCGAAGAUGAUGAUGAGGACGACUCGAAGUAG